AUGGCGGGAUACAUCUCACAUUCGUUAAAUUCGUUAACAAAUGUCUUUAUCGACGAGAGUCCAAACUCUACUAAAUCACCCUGCAGCCUGGGUUAUCUUUUUACUAAUUGUUGUUCUAUAGGGCCAAAAACUGUUUUCUUCUGGGCUCCAUUAAUGAAAUGGGCGUUGGUCAUUGCUGGCUUAAGCGAUUUAAAACGUCCUCCAGAAAAAUUAUCUGUGUCUCAAAGUAUUGCCCUCACAGCCACUGGUGUAAUUUGGUCUAGAUACUCCACUCAAAUUAUUCCUAUAAAUUAUGCGUUAAUGUCAGUAAAUGUAUUUGUUGCAGGUACUGGAAUAACUCAACUGGUUAGAAUAUGGAA